CCAAAGCAAUGCACAGUGCGCGUGCAAGAGACGGAGAGAGAGCUAGAGAGAGAGAGAGAGAGCUAGAGAGAGAGAGAGAGAGAGAGAGAGAGAGAGAGAGCGUGCUUUUGUUAAUCUCGUCUCCUUUGUUUCCUUCUGGAUCGGCGCAACGCAUCAAGAAGAUGAAUCCGCUGUCCAAGGUGUUGCAUUAGAGUGGGAAUUUGAUGGAUCGUUGGAAUCUUUGGAGCAUUUCUUGGUGCCGGCGGCUCUCAUCAUGAUUAGAGUCUUAUGGACUCAAUAGAGUGGUUGGGUUGUGUUUUCGAAGUGUUUUUGUGCCGGGGCAGCCGAAAGGUUGAGUUUGGUGGUUGAUUUUGGCGGCUGGGAUGCCGGCGGCUGGCGCGGUGGAUCAGGGCAGGGCUGCUGCAACCGCCGAGAGGGACAUCGAGCAGGCUAUUACUGCACUAAAGAAAGGAACACAUUUGCUGAAGUAUGGGCGAAGGGGAAAACCCAAAUUUUGUCCAUUUAGAUUGUCUAAUGAUGAAACUGUUCUAAUAUGGCUCUCUGGUAAAGAAGAGAAGCACCUCAAAUUAAGUCAUGUGUCAAGAAUCAUGCCUGGACAACGCACAGCAAUUUUUCAGAGAUAUCCACGACCUGAGAAGGAAUGCCAUUCAUUUUCUCUUAUAUAUGAUGAUGGAUCAUUAGAUCUUAUAUGCAAAGAUAAAGAUGAAGCUGAAGUCUGGUUUGCUGGUCUAAAGACAUUGAUAUCACGCUAUCCGAGGCGGAGAACAGAAACAAGAAGCAAUGGUGCAUCAUCAGGCGCAAACAGUCCAAAGACAUACACUUGUAGAAGUUCACCUUUAAGCUCCCCAUUUGACAGUGGAGAUAGCAUCCAAAAGCUUCGAAGUCCAUAUGAAAGCCCACCAAAGAACGGUUUAGACAAGGCAUUCUGUGAUGUUCUAUAUGCAGUGCCCUCAAAAGGUUUCUUCACAUCAGAUUCUGCUAUAUCAGUCCAUUCUCUGUCAUCAGGAUACUCGGACAACAUAAAUAGCUGUCCCAGGGGCAUUCCAGUGGAUGCAUUCAGAGUAAGCAUGUCAAGUGCCAUCAGUUCAUCCAGUCAAGGCUCUGGUCAUGAUGACAGUGAUGCUCUUGGUGAUGUAUUCAUAUGGGGGGAAGGAACUGGGGAUGGAAUUUUGGGUUGCGGAAGUUCUAGAAUUGGUUUCAGUUCAGGUGCUAAAAUGGAUUCUGUUUUACCAAAGGCUUUAGAGUCUACAGCCAUACUUGAUGUGCAGAACGUUUCUUGUGGGAGGAGACAUGCUGCUCUUGUAACCAAGCACGGUGAGAUUUACACUUGGGGUGAGGAAAAAGGUGGUAUGCUUGGGCAUGGAGUAGAUGCCGAUGUGCCACAGCCAAAACUUGUAGAUUCUCUUGUAAACAUAAAUGUUGAAUUUGUUGCCUGCGGUGAACAUCAUACUUGUGCUGUUACACUAUCUGGAGAGCUCUAUACAUGGGGUGAUGGAACCUACAAUUUUGGGCUACUUGGACAUGGAAAUGAACUUAGUCACUGGUUCCCAAAAAUGGUUACUGGCCCUUUGGAGGGUGUACGUAUCUCAUCGGUUUCUUGUGGACCUUGGAAUACAGCAGUAGUAACCUCUGGAGGCCAACUGUUCACUUUUGGAGAUGGAACUUUCGGUGUGCUAGGUCAUGGGGAUCGCAAAAGCAUAUCUAUACCUAAAGAAGUAGAAUCUCUUAAAGACCUCCGUACUGUGCGAGUAGCUUGUGGUGUUUGGCAUACUGCUGCUAUCGUAGAAGUUAUUUCUGGAAAUUCAUCUUCUAAUUUCUCUUCAGGGAAACUAUUUACAUGGGGUGAUGGUGAUAAAGGACGUCUUGGCCAUGGUGACAAAGAAUCUAGACUCUUACCUACAUGUGUUUCUCACUUAAUAGAUCCUAAUUUUUGUCAGGUUGCUUGUGGGCACAGCCUGACGGUAGCACUGACUACCUCUGGCCAUGUUUAUACAAUGGGCAGUUCAGUUUAUGGUCAACUUGGAAAUGCCCAAGCAGAUGGAAAGCUUCCCGUUCGUGUUGAAGGAAAACUACUAAAAAGUUUUGUGGAGGAAAUUUCAUGUGGCGAUUAUCAUGUUGCAGUCUUGACUUCAAGAUCAGAAGUGUAUACCUGGGGUAAAGGAGCUAAUGGCCGACUAGGACAUGGUGAUACUGAUGACCGGAAUUCCCCAACCUUAGUCGAAGCUCUGAAAGAUAAACAGGUCAGAAGCAUCGUUUGUGGUGCUAGCUUUACUGCAGCAAUUUGUAUUCAUAAAUGGCUUUCUGGUGUCGAUCAGUCUAUGUGCUCAGGUUGCCGUUUGCCAUUCAAUUUCAAAAGGAAACGGCACAACUGCUAUAAUUGUGCACUUGUCUUUUGCCAUUCCUGCAGUAGAAAGAAAUCUCUUAGGGCUUCUAUGGCACCUAAUCCCAAAAAACCACAUCGUGUCUGUGACCACUGCUACAGCAAACUAAGCAAGUCCUUGGAAAUUGACUCUCUGUCUCAUUCUUUAAUGAACAGGAAAGGAAAUUCAACACAGGAUCUCACUGAAAUGAUCGAGGAGGACAAAUUGGAUCCUAUAAAUGUGCAAGUUUCUAAAUUUCCAUCAGCAUCAUCCUUUAAGCAAAUGGAAAGUAGCUCAUUCAAGAGAGAUAAGAAAUUUGAUUUCAGUAGCAGUUGUGUAUCUCCAGUCCCGAAUGGAAACUCACAAUGGAGUGCCCUCAAUAUUUCAAAAUCUUUUAAUCCCGUAUUUGGAACAUCAAAAAAAUUCUUCUCAGCUUCUGUUCCUGGUUCACGAAUUGUUUCUAGGGCAUCAUCGCCAACAUCUGCACAUCCCAGCCCUCCUCGUUCUACUACACCGACACCAACCCUUGGCGGGCUUAGUUCUUCAAAAUUCAUGAUCCAGGAAGAGAAAACUUCAAAUGAAAAACUUGGCCAAGAAGUUACCAGGUUAAGAGUUCAGGUGGAAAAUCUCAAUCGCAAGUCCCAACUCCAAGAAGUUGAGUUGGAGAGAACAGCUAAGCAACUAAAGGAGGCAAUUGCAAUUGCAGGGGAGGAGACUGCAAAAUGCAAGGCAGCCAAAGAAGUCAUCAAGUCAUUUACUGCACAAUUAAAGGACAUGGCUGAGAGAUUACCAGCAGGAGCAAAUAAAAUCAAUAAAUUCCCUUCUCUGUCAUCAUUCAACCCUAGUUCCGCUACAUCCGAUGCGUCCAGCUUUUCAGAAGCAACUGUUGAGCAGUUAAGCAUCAGCACAUCAGCUUCUCACGAGCCAGAUUCAAAUGGUUCGUAUGUAAACGGGCCUUCUUCUGCAAGCAAUUCUAGUAAAAUUGGUUUGACAUCAGAAGUAAGGAAUGGAAGCAUGGAAAAAAUUUCCAACCCUGCUCUUCUUCCUGCCGAGUGGGUUGAACAACGCGAGCCUGGAGUGUAUAUUACCCUUACUUCUUUACCUGGUGGAAUGAAAGAUAUCAAGAGGGUUCGUUUCAGCCGGAAGAGAUUCAGCGAAAAGCAAGCAGAACAAUGGUGGUCUGAGAACCGUGCCAGGGUAUACGAGCAGUACAAUGUGCGGAUGGUCAACAGGUUCCCUACAAAUGCUGGGAGCGAUGAAGGACCUUAAAAAUAUAUCCAUGCAUACCUCUUCCUCGUUUUCCUGACGGCAUUUGAUGCUGGAAUCAGAUGCUCCUAUGCUAUUAGCUUUAGCCAUCAGUUUGUUUGGCCUUCGGCGUGUGAAAGAUGGACGAACGGAGAUAUACAAAGUAGGUUUAGCUGAUCUUUAUCAUUCUUUUUUUUCAUCCUGCUAUUUUUGUGUGGAAAGUAUAUUCUUAUCGCAAAGCACAAUAUUACCUUGUCUGUAAAUGCCAUAAGCGAAUGCAGCAAAAAAUUUUUUUCCCCUUUUC